AUGGAGCGAUACUUCUCCACGGACGUGUUGCUGGACAUCCUGCAGCGGCUGCCGCCGAGCUCCCGCCGCCGUGCCCGCCUCGUGUGCCGGCACUGGCGCGACGUCGUCGACGAGCGCACCGAGGAGAUGAAGAGCCGCGCCAUGCCCCUCAUCUGGGACACGAGCGGAUCCGUCGCCAACUACGUCGCCGACGACCUCUCACGUCCAUGGGCAUCGGCGGAGAUCGGCAACCGCAUGGUGGAUUCCGCCUAUCGAUUCAAAGGAGGCGUGCAGCUGGUCGGCACCUGCAACGGCCUGCUGUGCCUUUGCAGCAACAAGAAGCCCGGCGGCGCCAUCAUGGUCGUCAACCCUUCCACCAGGGAGAAGCUGCGCGUUCCACCGUUGCCGGGCGUCAGAAGCCGCCGCGGGGUGGGGUGGGACAAGGCUUACAGCUUCGGCUACCACCCGGUCACGGGGCGGUACAAGGUGGUGCACGUCCCCUGCAGCCUCGACCGUGCUUGCGAGUUCGACGUUCUCCAUGUGUUCACGUUAGGCGAGGCGGCGUGGCGGGAGGUGCCAUUGGUGACCCUCGGUGGCGCAAAGUGCAACCUUAACGCCGGCAUCGUAAGCGUCGAUGGAGUGACCUACUGGGUCGCCGGAGACGACUCCGCGAGGGUCAUGUCCUUCGACCUUCAAGACGAGCGCGUCGUCUCCACCACGUGGCUGCCCACGGUGCCGGCCGGGCGCGAUCAGUACCACCUGACGGAGGCUCACGGGAGAUUGGGCGUCGUUGCCUUGGACGCCUCCAUGACGGCGGAGGUGUGGCUUCUCGAGAAGGAGCAGUGGAGCCGACGGUAUAUCCUUAGGGGGCACGACCUCCCGCGGCCACAGGUUGUGUACGGCAACUACGUCUUGACGCGCAAGUCGGUAUCGUUUUACGGGCACUGGUUCUGGCGGUCACCCGGCGGCCGAAGCGUGGUGCAUGUCAGUCACUUCGACAACGGUAGGCUUGUCGCCAAGAUGAUAGGCGAGCACUAUUGCUACCGCACCUUCGCCUAUGUCAAGACGUCCGAGCCAUUGGGUGUUUUUAGACGAAAACAACUUGGCAUGGACAUGGAAUUAAUCAAUGACUUCUAA